AUGGUCAAACAUCAAGCAUUGCUCUCAUGGAAGAAACGACAACUCAAACCAUCGGCUCCAACCGAUUUUUUCAUGCCCAUCAGCCCCACUCUCGACAAGUAUCAACAAUUUAUGAACCGAUAUUGUUAUCUAACCAUCUCGCGGCUACGAACUGUUCCUUCCGAGAAGCAAGGCAUCUGUUCCGCAGGCACUCGUUUGUAUCAACAAAUCAAGGAUCAUCCAGACCUGUUGGACGCCAUUACGGACAUUCAUUCUGAUCUGUUUGAAACAUCCCAAAAGGAAUUUACUGUCCUCUCGGAAAUUGGUCGUGCUCAAUUGGAACGUAAACCAAAGCCAAAACCAAUUUCAUUAAAACCAAAACAAGAUCAAAUCAAGAACACACUUGAGGGCAUGGAAAGGCUCAAGGAACGUCUUUUAGAGUUGAAAAAUUCCACUCAAGAUGAGCAAUUGGUGAAAGAAUAUGAAAAGGACUUGUACACAUUGAAUAUCCAAAUGUCAGUUCAACUAUUGGCUCUUACUGAUCUUGAAUCGAAAUCAUUUAAGAACAUGAUGCGUCGGUACGAAGCACCACCUCGCACGGCUACGAAUACCAGUACACGAGAGGAAAUGUCAAUCCGACAACGACUUCAAAUUGCACUUGCUGGACGGAAGGAUGUUGCUUUCAACUCGGAGAGGUAUUAA